AUGUCGACCGAAAAGAAACAACACUCGAUAAAAGUUCCAACGCAAUACAAGCGGGUUGCUGCAGUAUUGAAAACCGCAUUGGAAAGUAAAACAUCUUUGAAAUCGUUGAUAUUCAAUGAAAAACAUGCGCGUUUACCUUCCAUGCAAGCAGUUCUAACACGAUACUUUGAUAAUAAAGGAGCCAUUGACGAAGCAAUCGAAAAAUCUCAAAUUCUUCAAGACAAUCCACGUCUGUGUCCUAUUUUGUGUAAAGUUCUUGUAACAGAGCUGCUGUUGGGAUUGAAAAAGUUAAACGGAGAAUCGAAACCGGUACAGACAGUACGUGCAUACCAAGAUCGUUUAGCCGAAGCAUUGGGCGUUGAUACAAUCGAAACUAACAAAUCGGAAUAUAAAAAAGAUCAAAAACCUCGUUAUGUACGCAUUAACAGAAACUUGCUCAGCAUUGAAGAGGCCCAUGAGUUUUUGGCCAGCGAAGAAUGGCGUAAAAAAGAAUAUCCACCAUUUGAAAAUUAUGAUGAUUUCUUGAAGGCCAUAAAGGAACUACAGGAAGAUGAAUAUAUGAUCGAUAUGCACAUUGAUGAUUUGUUAAUAUUUCAUCCGAAACAGAAGCACUAUUGGGCCAAUCAUAGUUAUGCACGAGACAAUUAUUUUAUGCUACAAGAUAAGGGCACCGCUUUGGUUGCAGAACUCCUUAGUCCGCCGGCCGGUUCCACAGUUUUGGAUAUGUGUGCUGCACCGGGCAUGAAAACCAUACACGUUAGCAAUGUUAUGAACAAUCAAGGUACUAUCUAUUCCGUUGAACUGAAUUCCGAACGUUAUAAAACCCUCUGCCGCAUGACAGAAAAAGCUGGUUGCAAAAUUGUUACGCCCAUCAAUGCUGAUGCUCUUACAAUUACACCCGAAAAAUGUCCCGGUGUUGAAUAUAUUCUUGUUGAUCCAUCAUGUUCCGGUUCGGGUAUGCAAAAUCGUAUAUCUGUACACUCGGAAGAAAAAGAUCCGGCACGUUUGAGACGACUGGCUGGUUUACAAAUAACAAUGUUAUCACAUGCCAUGUCGGCAUUUCCCGAUGUUAAACGUAUUGCCUAUUCAACAUGUUCCCUGUACGAGGAGGAAAAUGAGCAGGUCGUACAGAGAUGUUUGCAAUUGAAUCCGUCGUUUAAAUUAUUGAGUGCCAAAAAAUCAUUACGUAAUAAAUGGCGUAAUGUCGGCAGUCAGGAAUAUAAGAAAAUUGGCAAAAAUUGUCUAUACACUCGACCCGAUUCGGAUAUGACAGAUGGACUAUUUAUAGCUAUAUUUGAAGCAAUUAAAACGAAAGAUAAUGAAUAA